AUGUCCGAGAUAGUUUAUAAAUAAGAAUCAGAUCCUUAAACUCUUUUGCAAUAAGAAGUUAGUCAGGCUCUUCAACAAAAGCAGAUUUUUUAAAGUGUUGAGAUCGUGCAAGAAAAUAAUGAAGAAAAAACAGAGACUCAUAAAUUAGAACAAAAACUAAAUUCUGAAAACUCACCUUCAAAUUCUCCUGGAAAUCCAUAAGAAGAAGAAGCUCCUGAAGUUUCUAAGUAGUCAAAUGAAUAAUUCUAAUAAUUGCCAGUGUAGGAAACCAGCGAAGAACAAGAAAUUGAUUUAUAGAAAACAGUUAUUGUAGACUAAUCUAAUUUGAAGUCAUAAGAGGUUACUUUUACUGAAAAAUAAGAAGAAAAGAUAUAAAAUGAAAUUCCAAGUAAUAAUGAAUAAAUAUAAAUUUAAGAAGAAGUUAAGUAAGAAUAAGUUUAAUAAUAAAAUUAAGAAGAUGCUUAAAAAGAAGAAUAAUAAUAAUAAUAAGCUUCUUCAGGUACUGCUGAAGCAACUAACACUAUGUACACUGUAGAUAAGAGAAUGUAAAUAGCAAAUCAAUACAAAGACUAAGCUAGAGAUUUAAUUAAAGAAAAAAAAUAUCAAGAUGCUUUAGUGCUUUACCAACAAGCUCUCGAUAUCACUAAUCCAACUUACUUUAGAUAUAUUAAUGAGCAAACAAAAAUUGAGUAUUAGCAACUAUCAACUUAGUUGCUUAACAAUUUAGCUAUUUGCUACUACAACCUAGGGUAAUAUUAAAUUGCCGCUCAAAUUAGUGAACAAACACUUAUCAUAGAUCCUAAAAACUUGAAGGCUAUGUACAGACGUGCAGUUUGCUACAAAAACCUAGGAGAUUAUGAAAGAGCUUACGAGUGUAUUAAAAACGCUGUUAAGUCUGGUGGAAAUGAAAGCAAAGAUAUAUAUGCUGAAUAUGAAAACAUCAAAAAACUUUACAAAGAAUAUAUAGAUUUAAAUAAAGAAAGAGAGAAAGAAGUGUAUGGAAGAAUGAUGAAUUCAAGCAAAGUUUCAGAAGAAAAGAAGAAAUAGCAAUAAUAACUAUAAACUAAGUAGGACAUAGAUGCUUUAAUUAAUUCUCUUUUCUUUUUUGGAUCUUCAGCUAUGUCUUUCUUAGUUGCUUCUAAGAUUAUGAAAGUAGAUGUCACAAGCAAAACUGGAUUUUCUCUCACUGGAUGUUUAGCUUCUUCUAUCUAUGCUUCUUACUACUUCGAAAAGAAGUGGGUCAAAGGUGUCUUUGGUCUCUGUGCAGCAUUAAUCUUCGGAUAUAUGUACAAAAAGUAAUUUGCAUGA